CCGAGGCGGGGCGGUGAGUGCCGAGGCGGCUCGCGGGAAGAUCUGGCGGCCAUGGCGGCCCCGGGGCCCGCGAGUCGCUUCUGGUGCUCGUGUCCCGAGGUGCCCUCCGCCACAUUCUUCACCGCUCUGCUGUCGCUGCUGGUGUCGGGGCCCCGCCUGUUCCUGCUGCAGCCACCUCUGGCGCCUUCGGGGCUGUCGCUGCGCUCCGAGGCCCUGCGCAACUGGCAAGUUUACAGGCUGGUGACCUACAUCUUCGUCUACGAGAACCCCGUCUCCCUGCUCUGCGGCGCCAUCAUCAUCUGGCGCUUCGCCGGCAACUUCGAGAGGACCGUGGGUACCGUCCGCCAUUGCUUCUUCACCUUGAUCUUCACCGUCUCUUCCGCCAUCAUCUACCUGUCAUUCGAGUCCGUGUCGUCGCUGUCCAAGCUGGGGGAGGUGGAGGACGCCAGAGGGUUCACCCCCGUGGCCUUCGCCAUGCUGGGACUCACCUCAGUCCGCUCUCGGAUGAGGCGGGCCCUGGUGUUUGGCGUGGUGGUGCCUUCCGUCCUGGUGCCGUGGCUGCUGCUGUGUGCCUCCUGGCUCAUCCCUCAGACCUCCUUCCUGAGUAAUGUCUCUGGCCUUCUCAUCGGCCUGUCGUAUGGCCUCACCUACUGCUACUCCCUGGACCUCUCUGAGCGAGUGGCCCUGAAGCUUGAUCAGAAGUUCCCCUUCAGUGUCAUGAGGAGGAUUCCCCUGUUCAAGUACGUCUCAGGUUCUUCUGCCGAAAGAAGAGCAUCCCAGAGCCGGAAGCUGAACCCUGCACCUGGCUCCUACCCCACACAGAGUUGCCACCCUCAUCUGACCCCAAGUCACCCUGUCACCCAGAUGCAGCAUGCCAGUGGGCAGAAACUGGCCUCCUGGCCUCCCGGACACAUGCCCAGCCUGCCUCCGUACCAGCCUGCUUCCGGCCUGUGUUAUGUGCAGAACCACUUUGGCCCUAACCCCAAUGCCUCCAGUGUGUACCCCGCUUCUGCAGGGACCUCCAGGGGGUGCAGCCUCCCUCCCCCGUCAGCUGUCCCUGGCACUGUGUAUUCUGGGGCCCUGGGCACCCCAGGGGUUACAGGCUCCAAGGAGUCUUCCAAGGUGGCCAUGCCCUAGCCAGCCUGCAGAGGAGGCUCCUACGUGUUGGACAGAGAGAGGUCCUAUCUGAGCGAGGAAUUUCAUCAGAAUUAUUUAUUGACGCCAGGGCGUGCUGGCCUGUCAUCCCAGCUGCUUGGGAGGUUGAGGCCGAUAGAUCCAAGGGUCAAGAUCUGUCUGGGCCCCAGAGCAAGUUCAAGGCCAGCCUAGGCUGUGUAUAAGAAGACUGAAAAUUAAUAAAAAUGGCUGGGACUGGA